UCACUGUGAGCCGAGUUGCUUUGACCUUAAACAAGAGGCCCAAUUCAAACACUGGAAUAUCAGCUGUAUGUAAUUUUGAAGAAGGACUGGUUCAGAUUGAGGCUUCGUCAUUGCUGUGGAGUAGUGGUCUUUGGAAAUAUUUGCGAUGUUUUCAGGCUGAUACAAUGCCCAGUCUGACCAAAGUCUACCCAAACACCUCUGCACUUGUGUGGGCGGGGCGCCUUCAAUUAGGCUGCAAUCCUAUUGGCUGAGGGGCGGGGCGAGUGAUACGUACACAGACAUUCAGGAAUAGACGCAAUAUUGACUUUCYAGCUYAUACCGGUCCACUCGUCUGCCAUAUUGAACGUGGCAAAUUGACCUUGUAAAAACAACACGGCGACAGCAUGGCAGAGCACGAAAGCUUGGARUUUGGGAAGGCAGACUUUGUGCUUUUAGACAACGUGUCGAUGGAGGAAUUUAUGGCCAACUUAAAACUCAGGUUUGAGAAGGGGAGGAUCUACACCUACAUCGGUGAGGUGGUGGUGUCGGUAAACCCAUACCGUGCCAUGAACAUUUACAGCCGGGACACCAUAGAGCAGUACAAAGGUCGUGAACUAUACGAGAGGCCGCCACACCUCUUCGCCAUCGCCGAUGCUGCGUACAAAGCCAUGAAGAGGAGGAACAAAGACACUUGUAUUGUCAUCUCAGGGGAAAGUGGUGCAGGAAAAACCGAGGCCAGCAAGUACAUAAUGCAAUACAUAGCUGCUAUUACCAACCCUAAUCAGAGGGCGGAAGUUGAAAGAGUAAAAAACAUGCUGCUGAAAUCCAACUGUGUCCUGGAGACUUUUGGAAAUGCCAAAACCAACCGCAAUGACAACUCCAGCCGCUUUGGAAAAUACAUGGACAUCAACUUUGACUUCAAAGGAGAUCCCAUCGGGGGCCACAUCAACAACUACCUACUGGAGAAGUCCAGGGUAAUUUUCCAGCAGGAAGGMGAGAGGAGCUUCCACUCUUUCUACCAGCUGCUGAAAGGAGGUCCGGAUUCCCUCCUACGCUCUCUUCACAUUCAAAAAGACCCAACGGCCUACAACUACAUCAAAGUCGGAGGCCAGAUUAAGUCUGGCAUCAAUGACAGCGCUGAUUUCAAAGCUGUAGCCGACGCCAUGAAAGUAAUUGGGUUCACAGUCGACGAGAUUCAGACUGUUUACAAGAUCCUGGCCACCAUCCUGCAUCUGGGAAACCUGACCUUUGGAGUGGAUGGUGACGUUACCCUGAUAGAGAACACAAAGCUCGUCUCUGUGAUCAGGGAGCUCCUUUCCACCAAGGAGGAAAAUGUGGAGAAGGCACUGCUGUAUCGCACAGUGGCCACUGGCCGAGACGUCAUUGAAAAACAGCACACCACACAGGAGGCCAGUUAUGGGCGAGACGCUCUUGCAAAGGCAAUGUACGAGCGUCUGUUCUGCUGGAUCGUUGGACGCAUCAAUGACAUCAUUGAGGUGAAAAAUUAUGAUGCCAGAGUCCAUGGAAAGAACACGGUCAUUGGAGUGUUGGACAUCUAUGGGUUUGAAAUUUUCCAGAACAACAGCUUUGAGCAGUUUUGCAUCAACUACUGYAAUGAAAAACUGCAGCAACUCUUCAUUCAGCUGGUUCUGAAGCAGGAACAGGAGGAGUAUCAGAGAGAAGGCAUCCCCUGGAAACAUAUUGAUUACUUCAACAACCAGAUUAUUGUUGACCUGGUGGAGCAGCAGCAUAAAGGCAUCUUCUCUGUCCUGGAUGAAGCCUGCAUGAAUGUGGGCAAAGUCACGGACGAGGUCUUCCUGCAGGGACUGAACGUGAAGCUGGUCAAGCACGCCCACUUUACAAGCCGCAAGCUCUCACCGACUGAUAAGAGUCUGGAGUUCGACAGAGACUUUCGCAUCAGGCACUAUGCAGGGGACGUGGCGUACUCGGUGGUGGGCUUUAUUGAUAAGAACAAAGACACCCUGUUCCAAGACUUCAAGAGACUUUUGUACAACAGUUCCAAUCCAGUGCUGAAGGGGAUGUGGCCUGAGGGCAAACUGAGAAUUACAGAGGUCACCAAACGGCCACUGACAGCAGCAACAAUCUUCAAAAACUCCAUGAUCUCUUUGGUGGAGAACCUUGCCAGCAAGGAACCCUACUACGUCCGCUGCAUCAAGCCCAACGAUGUCAAAUCUCCUCUUCUGUUUGAGCCCGAACGCUGCCGCCACCAGGUGGAGUAUCUCGGCCUGCUGGAGAACGUCAGAGUGCGUCGGGCCGGCUUCGCCUACAGACAGACAUAUCCACGAUUUCUACAGAGAUACAAGAUGAUCUCAGAGUUUACAUGGCCCAACCAUGACCUGCCGUCAGACAAAGACGCCGUUAAGAAGCUUCUGCAGGGCUGCAAGUUUGACCACGACGUGGCUUACGGCAAAACAAAGGUCUUCAUCCGCACUCCGCGGACUCUCUUCAGCCUGGAGGAGCAGCGAGCAGAAAUGGUCAAAAGAAUCGUCGUCUUCCUCCAGAAGGUUUGGCGGGGCACUCUCGCCAGAAUGCGAUACCGGCGGAUGCGCGCUGCCCUCAUAAUCCUGCGGGCCUACCGACGCUACAAGGUCAAGUCCUACAUUCGCGAAGUCAACCGUCGCUUCAAAAAUGUUCGCUCCAUGAAAGACCAUGGCAGACACGUGAAGUGGCCAACACCUCCUAAAGUCCUGCGCAAGUUUGAAGAAGCAAUGAAGAGCAUCUAUAACAGGUGGUGGGCAUGGACGCUGAUCAAAGGCCUUUCUCCAGAGGAGACUCUGCAGGUCAGGGCCAAGGUAGCCAGCCUGGAGGCCCUGAAGGGCCAGAGGGCCGACUUGGGCUUGCAGAGAGCCUGGGAGGGAAACUAUGUGAAACGUGACAACCCUGACACCGCUUCGUCCUUCACUCUUGUUUCCAGCGAGCUGCAGCGGAAAGACAAGUUCAUGAGAGUUUUGUUCUCCUCCAACGUGAGAAAGAUCAACCGUUUUCACAAGGCGGAGGACCGGGCUCUGCUCAUCUCUGACCGACACCUGUAUAAGAUGGACCCCCUGAAGCAGUACAAACCCAUGAAGAGCAUCCCCCUCUACAAUGUGACAGGACUGAGCGUGUCCCCUGGGAAGGAUCAGCUGGUUGUGUUUCACACCAAGGACAGCCGGGAUCUCGUGGUGUGCCUGCAGCGCAUGGUGCCUGCCAMUGAGAGCCGCAUCGGGGAGCUGGUCGGCACCCUGCUCAGUCAUUUCAAGAGUGAGAAGAGGAAGCUGCAGGUGAACAUUACAAGCCCCAUCCAGUGCAGCAUGAACGGACGAAAGUGCACGGUMGUCAUCGAGCCAAAGAUCAACCAGUCGCAUCCGGACUUCACCAAGAGCCGAGCCGGCUACAUCCUGGCUGUUCCUGGCAACUGAAGCGGGCCUGAAGAAGAAAAGCGUAACAGCUGAUUUUAAACCGUUCCGAGAUUAUGAUGAAGAUUGUUUUGAUUUGCAGAGCUGCUGUUGAUGUGGCAAGUAGCUCUAUGGAUUGAUUCUUUAAGCUAAGCCAAAUUUGUCCUAGUUUUGCUAGUCGUACCAUUGGAGAAGGCGAUGUCGGCUAAAAGAAUAUGCACUUAUUACUUACCAAAGGGGAACUGUUGCUUUGGUUAAAAUCUGUAUUUGAGUUGAUUUGCUUUGUGCAAUAUUUAGUUCGCUGCAUACUGACUAGUGUUAGUCCAGGUGAGGACGGAUUAUCUAAAAGCUGUUCUCGGAAACACCGUCGUUGCGUAAUAUCAGCAAAAUCCAAACGUUUCACAGGAAUUUCUAAUCCCUGAAGCUCCAUCGGUUGGCCGGCUCAAAUGGGAACCCUUGAAAAAUGAAGAAUACGGUUGAUUAUGUUUGCUUUAAUGUGUAUCAUUUGUGUUUUCAAAYACUACAACGCUACCAAAGACCGUACCUAUCUAACGGAAAUAAUGAAGAACCUGUAAGGUCUGCUUUACUUAAUGUUUCCAGGUGUAUCAUGAAACUGGGCCAGUCUCAGUGACAAAUAAUUUCAGUUGUCAUCACAGGAUGUUUGGUAGAAUGUGUUGAGCACAUCCUGCUUACAUAAGAAUGGCAAGAAAUGAACAGCAAGUAGCAAAUUAAACAAGCUCUUUUCAUUUYAUUUCAUAUUGUCUGUAGGCGUAAAACUCAAUGCUUUAUCAGAAUUGCUUGCCAGCACUUCAUACAGAUGGAGGUCAUGUUUGAGUGAGACUAAAGAUKCAGGUUAUCUUUUCUAACUCCACUAGUUUGCUCAGAGCUUCACCUAUAGACCACAGAGGUGGGGUUGGACAUAUUUGGACAGUUCUUUUCWUCAGUCAGCUCUUUGGAGACUUGUCUUUUACUUUUCUCAAAGCUUGGAAACCCACACAGCGCAAACCACAUGAUUUCACUUUGAUUUGUCUUCCACAAGRUGUCAGUUGUGCUAAAGUMAUUCCUUUACUUUUUUUGUGUUGGCUAAAUACAGAAUGUGUUUUUCUCUGUUUUGCAAAAGAAUCUGUCAACACUGAAUUUCACCAAACACAAAUGUCACUUUUUAGGAUGUGUAUUUCAUUGUGUGGUAAAAGAACACACAAUGGGGGAAAAGCAAGAUGCAUAUACAAAGUACAAAACCAUUAAAAAUAACGAGAUUCACACAGUUUGCACAAAGGCAAUSUCAGCUAAAAGCCCCUGGCCAUUCACACCACGUAUACGUAGCUCMCUCAUUAGCAAUAAUAUUCAAAUCCGUCCUUGGAUUUAACAGACAUAGAGAUUUUGGGCUCAAACUAUCCAUUUACCCAUUGUACCCAUCUUUGUAAUGUUUUCCACAGAAAAUCGUUCUUGUAGAUGUUCUGGAGCUUUCAUUAAAGUAUUUGUUUCUA